AUGACCAUAUCGAUCCUCCUAGCCUCAUUCUUGAGCUGCAACCAUUGCGUGUGCAACGUUGCAACAUGCAAUGACGAAGAUAACUGUGCGGUUCUAAAGAAUAUCCUCUGUCUACUGACCACACUUCAGUUCAAGUCGAAGACGACCACUCCUUCGGUUAAUGUCAAGAAGAACAAUGACCAGAAGCCUGUCAAGAAAACACACCAGUCCCCAUCCCAAAAAGCUAGAUCGAAGAAAUCGUUUGCCGAGAAGAUUGAGGAAAGGAAGGCUGCUUCGGCAGCAAAGAAGGAUAAAGCACCUAAAAGGCCCGGGGGUGCUUCCGAAUGGAAGCCCCGAAAUCGGAUGAACGACCCCGUGCCCUUCUUUAAUCGAUUGAUUCCAUCGAUCAUAUCUGACCCCUGGUCAUCUCAACGUUUUCAUCUGUUGCGCUGGGCGUUGAGGACCCGGGUGACCUCGGCCUUCACCCGGCUGAAGCCGUGGCAGGUCACCGGAGCGAGCUGGAUGCUCCGGCAGCAGCGAAGCCCCGUGGCCGGGGGCAUCCUGCCCGAUGCAUGUGGAACCGGCAAGACGACCACAACGAUCACGAUGCUCUGCGCGCUCAUCGAUACGCGGCUAGCGGAGCUCAGGGCGCAGAGGGACGUUGAGCGCAUAACGGCGCGCAUGACACCGCGGGGUCCAGACAAGCGCCCAUGGGAAGCGUCGUCGAGUGAGUGGCCUGCACGCCGGAAGCGGGCCAAGGCCGCUAUUGCACCGAUCACCAUCAGAGUUCCAGCUACAGGGCUGACUCCCAAAUGGCCUGAGGAUCAAUUGGCGCUUGGGAUCUUUGAGGUCCUUGUGACCACCAGUGUCACGUCAUGA